AAUCUUAAGCUGUUUUCAGACAUGAACUCGAAGAACGCAGCAGGACAUUGUGCGGGUUGGACAUAUUCACACCAGCAGGAAGGAGUCAUGACAUGAGUCGCUCGCUGGGAAUCUUCCAGAGAUUUUCCUGCUGAAUUCCCACAUGGGGCUCACUCAUACAUUUCGCGAACAUUUUACCAGGGGACUGGUUCCCGGAAAAUGUCAGCGCAGCCACAUUUGUGUUCUCACAUACCGCCACAGAUACUGUUCUCAUCCUUCUUUCAUGCAUGUGUGUUUUGCGAUCACAGGGAAUUAAGCAUUUGAUCUUAUCAGCUCUCAUCUCAUUCUACAUCCUCCCUAUGUUGGAAUUGCCUGUGGCAGAAAUUAUGUUAUGCUCGUUCAACUUUCCAAUUUUCUUUUUGAAGUGGCAAAGUGUGGGGAAGGCGGCCUCUAAUUAAAACAGACAAACGGAAACAAAAAUGAAUAAUAACAAUAAUAAGAUCCCUCUGGUUUAAGUCGUGCAAAUUUUUAAUUAGUUCCUCCGACAAUGCAGUCCGAGAGAAGCCACCGGUCGACUUGACAUCUUUUAAUUACCGCCUCAUCUUUCACAGCUUUCAUAACGAUAAAGUCAUAUUUGUUCUGAAUAUUUGUAUUUAGAUGUGCAGCUGAAAAACAAUCAACCCCCUCCCACCCUCUCCUCUGUUACUCAGUAAAUUACAGCUCAGUGCGAAGGUUCCAAUUACAAUGGAGCUGUACUGGAACUGGCUGCGGAUUUUUUAAUCAAUGCGCUGUUUGACGGAGACACAAUCGCCAUGGUUACCUUUGGUCUGACACAAGGACGGGGACAACGGCGUGUGUGUUUCUUCGACUGUCACCCAAGCUGUGACGAACUGAUGAAACAUUGAUCACCCACUGCUGUGAUGAGGCACCCUGUGUGUGUGUGUGUGUGUGUGUGUGUGUGUGUGUGUGUGUGUGUGUGUGUGUGUGUGUGUGUGUGUGUGUGAAAGAGAGACAGAGAGUACAUCAUAUUGACCCCCAGCAGAUUGAAGUCUUAAUGAUCUCUGAACCCUCCAGCUCUUCCAGCUUCUCCUCAAACCUAACAGCAAGCAGCGGCAUCGAGGACGACGGCGCCAGUCUAAUGCAGCAGAAGCUGGAGAAACAGAGGGCACUGCUAGAGCAAAAGCAGCGGAGGAAGCGCCAGGAGCCUCUGAUGGUGCAGCCCAACACGGAGGCGUGGCCCCGGCGCUCCAGGACGCGGCGCGGCGAGGAGCAGGCGCCGCUGGUGGAGUUUCAGCCCAGUGUCGUAAACAAUGUCAUCAUUGACGGUGAGGGGAGAAACGCCGCCCAGCGUCAAAUCUGCACAACUCACAAAGUAUUUUGUGUAAAAACGCUGUUUUCUCUGACCGUAGGUAUCGACGGCCCGGCGGCCUUCAUGGGCUCAGAGGGCCCCGAUCUGAGAAUGAAAAUCGAGAAUCUUUCGGCGAGCCAGUCCCAGACCAAGUCCCAGACCAAGUUCCAGAACAAGUCCCAGAACAUGUCCGAGUCCAGGUCCCAGUCCCAGUCACCGUCUGAGUCUCAGUCACAGUUCCAGGUUCAAUCCCAGUCUCGGUCGCCUGCUCCUUCUGAGGAGCCCGAGAGAGACAGAGACACCGAGUCGUUGCUCGAGCCCAAGACGGAUAUCCAUGAGUUACUGCAGAAACAAGGCCUGUGCGGCAGCAUGAACUUCGACGAAUCCAGCGAGGACGAGGACGACGUGGAGGAAGAACGGACCCGCUCUCUGUCCCCGCGCGCGGAUUCCACCAGGCCCGCCUCCGCUGCCAGCAGCAAAGAGGUCUCGGAGGUAGCGACCUCAGGGUCGCCGUCGGCCGAGAGCUCGCUGAGCGACGUGGCCAAUCUGGAGGAGUUCGUGCUCUGUCCGGCGCCGCGCGGCGUCACGGUCAAAUGUCGAAUCAGUCGGGACAAGAAGGGGAUGGACCGCGGCCUCUACCCCACCUACUUCAUGCACAUGGAGAGAGAGGACGGCAAGAAGGUGUUUCUGCUGGCGGGCAGGAAGAGGAAGAAGAGCAAGACGUCCAACUACCUGAUUUCAGUGGACGCCACGGAUCUGUCGCGAGAGGGAGAGAGCUUCAUCGGCAAACUGAGGUCAAACCUCAUGGGCACCAAAUUCACGGUGUAUGACAACGGCACCAAUCCCUGCAAGAACCCCGGAGCUCUGCUGGAGGAGAGCAACACGCGACAGGAGCUGGCCGCCAUCUGCUACGAAACCAACGUGCUGGGAUUCAAAGGGCCACGUAAAAUGACCGUCGUCAUCCCGGGCAUGAACAUGAACUUCGAGAGAGUCCCCGUGAGACCUCAGAGUGAGCAGGAGAGCCUCCUCAGCAGGUGGCAGAAUCACUCCCUGGAAAGCCUGAUCGAGCUGCAUAACAAGGCGCCCGUGUGGAACGACGACACCCAGUCGUACGUGCUCAACUUCCACGGCCGCGUCACUCAAGCGUCGGUGAAGAACUUUCAAAUCGUCCACGACAACGACCCCGACUACAUCGUCAUGCAGUUCGGCCGAGUGGCCGAAGACAUCUUCACGCUGGACUUCAACUACCCCAUGUGCGCCCUCCAAGCCUUCGCCAUCGGCCUGUCGAGCUUCGACAGCAAGUUGGCCUGCGAAUGAGCCGCCGGCCGGUUUCACCGCACGCACCCGCCACCUUUCGCCUGUCGUCUGUCCUCGGAUCAAGUUGACGGCAGCACACCGCGGUCGCACAUCAUCAGAAACCCCCCCCCCCCAGAUAUGAGACUGAGGAAAAAAAGACGUUUGUCCUCCAUUUUACAGUCAUCGGUUUUUACCCGCUGUGUACAGUACAGCUUCAGGUAGGUAUAUGAUCACAUAAACAAGUUGAAAAGGGAAAAACAAACACUCUCAUCAGUGCCAGACAGACGACUUCUGGUGUUUGGCACCGAGCACAAAAAAGAUCCAAUGUUAAAUGAAUGGCCGUUUGUAAGAAAACAAAAAAAAUCAAUCGUGUGUUUUCUGUCGCUUUCGUCGCCUUAAAGUUUCAUUUCACUCACUCAAGUGUUUUUUGGACAAUCUACACACAACAGGCCUCUCCUCUGGCGACACCUGCUGGUUGAACUGAGAAACGAAGAAAAGCAAAAGUUGUUUUUUUCCCGUCCGGCAGUUUGGCCACCUGUGUGGAUAUUUUAAAGACUUUUAAAUCCUGUUCACGUCUUCACACGUGACCGUGACGACUUCACCUGCCGUCUACUCACACAUGUUGAUAUCCUUCUUCAUUAUCAUGUCGUCGUCCCUCUUGUGUGGAAGGUGCAUUAUUCAGACUUGUGUCUCAUGUAUUUGUGUCAUUUUGAUCAUGUGACUGUGAUUUUUUUCCCCCUUUGUCUUAAAAAUAAGUUGUAUUACCAUGAGAGAAAAAAGAAGCAGCAGAAUUGCACAAUUGAAGAGAAACAUUUGUACAUAAGAGUCGAGGUAAUGCCGUCUUAUUUGAUCGAAGUCCAUUUUAAAAUGUUCGAUGGAAGUUUAUCUUUGCUACAAAUCAUCUUUGACGAAGUUAGAGGACAUUUUGUUUUAGUCCGCAUCUUGUUCAUCUCAACAACUUAAGGCUUAACAUCAUCUUCAUCAUCAUGAAACGUCUCUUUAAUACUUGUGUGUACUGUAUGUCCGUGGAGGACACGUGAGAAAUAAUUGAAAAUAUAUAUUUAACACUUAAAUAAUUCAGGGUUGCAGUUACUUUAAUUCGGCUUUAUAAGGAAGUAACGUUGCAGAUAUUUUCAAAAUAACUGCCAGCAGUUUAUAGAAAUCCUUUUUUUCCAUUUUGUACUGAUAUAUAACAUUUCGAAGAGAGAGAGAGAAAAAGAAGAUUUAUUAGAGGAUAGUUUUAAAAAAAAAACACGUUUACUUUUACAGGAACCUCUGGUGAAACAUUCCAGUUUGAAAAUUGUACAAAACAUACAAAUCAGGAUAUAUAUAUACGUUUGUAUUUCAACAGACGAAACUAUGACGGUGAUCGCGUUCGAACGUGUGAGAGAUGGAACAGUUUAUUUUCAUAGACAAUGUCCAUUUGAUUCAGAACCUUGGAAGAGAAAAGAAAAAAACAUCUAAAGUGCUCGUUUCUGUAAAUGUAAAAAAAAAAAAGUUUAAAUAACUAAAAUAAAAGACACUUUGAAAAAGAAUUGAAAAAAUUAAA